AUGGCCGAGCUUGCUAAUAUAAGCAAGCUUGUUCCCUGGCUAGAGCACUGCAGGAAGUCAGCCGCAGAUAAAACCCAAGCUCGAGAGGAGAAGUGGCGGACAAGCUCUGCAACGUUUCACGACCAUGCACGAAAAGAUAGAGAGACUGCAGAGAAGAAACUGGAAGACGAACUUCAGAAGCAGCGAGCUCUGCUUGUGAAGAUAGCAGAGGCCAGCGGUGUGGAUGUGGAUGAAGAUGACGACAAGUCACAAGGUAUGAGAGAGGCGAGCUUGGGUGCCCAGCUAAGUGCAGAGCUGGAUAUGGAAGCUCGGCGUGCUGAGGAGAUGCUCGCGACGCAGAAGGAGCAAGUACGUGAGACCAUCAACAUUGAUGAUGACGAUCUGUGA